UUCCGAUCAGCCAUGGUGAGAGGCGUGCCGUUCCACCAAGAUGAAGUCCCUGAGGCCAAUUACCCGACAUGUACUGCGGAGGACGUCCCCGCGAUGCCUGAGAGGGUUCGCCACGGCCACGGACGCCGGUGGUCAGCAGCAACAACAGCAGCAGUUUGACAACCGUGUCAAGAUCGUCGAGGUGGGCCCGCGUGAUGGGCUACAGAACGAGAAGAAGUCGAUACCACUGGCCACAAAGAUCACCUUGAUCGAGAAGCUGGCCAAGACAGGGCUCACAACAAUCGAAGCUGGGUCGUUUGUGUCUCCAAAAUGGGUCCCUCAGAUGGACAGCUCGAAUGAGAUCCUCGAGCACAUCCUCAAGAACAAGCCCCAGUCCCCCUCGCCGAUAACCUACUCCUUCCUGGCCCCCAACCUCAAGGGCCUCGCCAACGCAACGGCCAUCCUCCAAUCCCACCCGGACGCCUUCGUCACCGAGUCGACCCGCACGAUCCUCAACAAGGAGAAGCCCGAGGUCGAGCUGGCCGUCUUCGCGGCCGCGACCGAGUCCUUCAGCCAGAAGAACCUCAACUGCUCCGUGGCGGCCUCGCUCGACCGGUUCCGCGAGGUGAUUGCCGAGGCGAAGCGCUCCGUGGCCGACAUCCGCGUGCGCGCCUACAUCUCCGUGGUCCUGGGGUGCCCCUUUGAGGGCCACGACGUCGACCCGCACCGCGUCGCCGAGAUCGCCACGGACCUGCUCGAGAUGGGCGCCGACGAGAUCGCCCUGGGGGACACCACGGGCAUGGGGACCGCCCCGCGCACCGCGCAGCUGCUGCGGAGCAUGGCCGCCGCGGGCAUCCGCAACGAGGACGUCGCGCUGCACUUCCACGACACCUACGGCCAGGCCCUGGUCAACAUGGCCGUCGCGCUCGAGCACGGCAUCCGCACCUUUGACUCGUCCGUCGGCGGGCUCGGGGGCUGCCCCUACAGCCCCGGCGCGACGGGCAACGUGGCCACUGAGAAUGUGGUCUACUUCAUGGAGACGCUGGGCAUGGACACCGGGGUUGACCUGGACGCCGUGUCGGAUAUCGGGCAGUGGAUCACGGGAGAGCUGGGCAAGACGAAUGACAGCACUGUUGGGAAGGCCGUCUUGGGGGCGAGGGGCCGGGCUGAUAAGUGAGGCGCUGUGAUGCACGCCCUUGUUACAGAGACUCUUGAAUCAGACGCGCAAAAAAAGAUGCAUGGGGGACGUUUGGCAUGGAUUGAUUGUAUAUUGUGUUUCUGGUAGCUCAAAUCCACGAGGUUUGGGUCUGAAUGUUCAGCGUUUGCUUGCACGUCUAUGUGGGCUUGUGGGUAUCAUUUAUACAGCUUUGUCGUGAUUUGCGCUCAGAAUCACGCCCCAACAGCCAGCUUCUAUUUGUAGGAGCAGGCAAAAUAACCGCGUCUCUUGACGGUUGCCGUGAGAGAAACGAUCCCAGAGCAUAGCCUCACGGUUCGUUUCCUGACUUGGACGACGCUGGAAGAGGCUGUGCUGAACAAUAGAGCUCUACUGGUAUCUAAAUCGCCAGGGUAUUCAUUGUUUUACGAAUUUGUGCACUUCUUGGGAAGGUCAGCCCUAAGCAGCGUCCUCCUGGUCCUUGGCGAAGGUGUUGGCCACUAUGAAAGGGAAGCAUGCUGUUGCUUCCAUGUAGACCUUGACAUUGUCAGCCCCGGCCUUGAUCUUGCCCCAGCUGACGGCCUCGUCGGGCCUCGCGCCGGCGUCGCUCCCGUCGAACUCCUGGGCGGUGUUGAUGUAGACGGCGGACUCGGCGCCGUUCCUCAUCAGGCAGGCGUUGGCGAUGUGGUGUUUCACCAGGCCGCCGCCCAGGAUGAUCAUGCCGGCGCGCUUGGCGCGGACCGAGAUGGUGUUGAUCUUGCGGAUGUCCUCGACGAUGUCGACCCUCAGCUGCCGGGGCGAGGACUUGAAGGUGUGGAAGUACAGCAUGUCGCCGAGGCUGCCGUCGGUGAGGGCGGGGCAGAAGACGGGGAUGUUGUUCUUCCAGGCCCAGUAGUAGACGGAGGACUCGUUGUUGAUCUCCCUGCCGAGGCGGUGGAUGACCUUGGAGGGCGUCCAGACCAGCUCGCCGUCGGCCUCGUCGCCGGUGGAGGGGUCGACGUGCCUCCCGGCGGCCUUGCUGGCCUCCUGCUCGUCGAGCAUGCUGUCGAGGAUGGGCACGACCCAGUCCUCAAAGGCGCAGUAGUUGGAGUUGGGCACGACGAGGUUGCCGAUGCGGUUGAGGCCCCUGGCGCGCAGGUCCUUGCCCGGGGCGCUGAAGCCGCCGGGGGACAUGUAGGUGUCGCCGAGGCACUUGAUGAAGUCCUCCUCGAUGCCGCCGGCGGUGGUGACGAUGGCGGAGACGUGGUUGUGCUGGACCAGGUAGCGCAGGACGCCGCGCAGCCCCGACGAGAUGAGGUUGGAGGUGUAGCCGAGGAAGAUGGUGGUGCGGUCGCCCGUCUCGGGGUCGCGCCAGGCGCGCAUGUCGUUGAUGAUGCGCACGGCGUCGCACAUGGACGAGGCCUGGAAGCCCAUGUUGCGCAUGCCCUGCAGCAGGUCGUCGGCCGUGACGGGCCGGCCCUUGAGCUUGUUGAAGUCGAGCUCCUCGACCUUCUGGGAGCCCGCGGGCAUCUCCUCGGACUUGACGAGGACGGCAUCCUUUGCGCCGGACGGGGCGGAGGCUGAGUUGGAGGCCAUGGUGUUGGUGUGGAGCGAGCGAGGGCGAGAUGGAGAGGGAGGUCAGCUGUCCUGUAUUGUGUUGGUUGCCUUCAAGUCCUGGCUGUCAUGGCCGAAAUAGGAUCAGAGUUGGUUGUUGCAGACUGAUGAAAAUUUGACAUGGCCGAAUGGAUGUUGCUCGAGUUGCCGCCGGUUUGGAUUCCGAGUUCCUCUUUGGUAUGCUGAUUGUGAUCACAUUCUGAUACCAGGUGAAAUGUAUCUCCUAUUUUGUAUGUGUACGGUAAAUACGGUAUACGGUAUAUAAUUGUGGUUGAUAUCGUUCAUCUCAUCCCAACUUUUUUUUUUUUUUUGCUCUGUCGGGCCAUCGCCUGAGGCAAGAUCAGGAAAAGUGAC